UCCAGCGAUAAUACAAUAUUGUUGUAUGCUCUAACAGUGUUUUAAGUACUAUAUGUGAUUAUUUUGUUCGAUUUUUGAGAAUAUUUCGUUCUUGGCCAUAUAUCUGAGCCAGAAAAGGAAGUUGUGGAGCUCCCCAAGUUUAUUUCCAGGAGACGUUUUCUUCUUCAAUCAACCAUGUCUGAAAAGCCUAAGGUGUACCAGGGCGUGCGCGUGAAGACCACAGUGAAAGAAUUGCUACAGCGGCGAAGAGCUGAACUGGCGGCCGUUAAAACGCUAACACUGGAGUUCGUCCCGCAGAAUGAAUUUGUCUCCACGUUGCCUGGUAAAUUCACGUCUUUGUCCAUAAUGUCUUCGUCAUCCCUAUUUCUGAAUGUAUGUGUAGUCUCCCUCUUUAGCAUCUGUCUAUCCCUGUCUGUCCGCUUCGCUCUGGAAACAUCAGAAUGUACUCAAAAGACAUGUCCCAGAAGUCUCAUCUUUAUAGCUCACUACUACGACUCGUUCACCGGAGAUUCUAGCGGAGGUGCCCAGCAAUCGCUUCAAUCACGCGCCUUCCCAGACCCCACCGGCACGGUGCCUUUGGACAACGUAUUUCAGAAUCAGCAGUUGUUAAACGUGCUUCUGCCAGAGGACAGCUUCGGAAGCAGCCCACUCCCGCCGCCCUUACAAGUCUGGCCCUAUGGACACCAAUCUCCCGUAGAUUACUACAGUCACGUCAUGGAUCCCUCCUCCCCUUCGGAGUCCCUGAACCAGCCGAGCCCGGUAGAUUACAAUGGGUACUCUCCUCAGCCCUCCUCCCCACCCUCCUCCUCCUCCUCAUGCUACAACUCUCCCAGCAGGAUGGAGUCUGGCUAUGGAUUUGCUCCAGAGCACUACUACUGCCAGAACUGUAGUCGCCAGCCCUGUUAUUGCCUGCCUCACUGGUCGGUAGGACCGGGCGAGUGCCUCCCCGCACUGGAGUACGGGGCCUACGGCCAUACAGACUGCGAAUACACCUCGGACCUGCAGGAUAGCUUCUUCAGAAGGGAUCUGAUAAAUUCAGAGAUGUGUUAUCUAUGAGGUCAAUCGGAGCGACUUAAUCUGUCUAGUCUCUAAGUAAAUACCCUGUACAUAAAAAACCCUAUGCAAUCCAUAGUAGGCUACAUUAUGUGUGAAAGUUGUAGACUACUAUAGAAUAUGCUUUCACUUCAGAUAUAGCCUACGCACUAGCAUUUUGACGAGGGGCAGAAUGGUCGAUAGAAUAAGUGCGAUGAAUGUGAUGAGAAUUUGGAUUCCGAGAGCUUUUCAUAGGCUAUAUAUUUGUAUUGUUCCAUUCCCUUGCUUUUUGUAACAGAUCGUUUAUUUUUCUUAUGAACAUAUUUUUGUACCUAAGGUGUACUGAAUAAAAAGAACCGUGCCUCUAUCAUAA